GCAUUUGAUGGCACCUGGAAAGUAGACCGCAAUGACAACUAUGAGAAGUUUAUGGAGAAGAUGGGAAGAAUAACUUGUCUCCUUAAGACAAGUGCUGCUCUCUGAAACACACCAAAGAAAGAGUCGCCUGUGUUUUCUCCCUUGCCUGGCAAUUGCACCUGUGCAUUAACAUGGUGAAAAGGAAGCUUGCAGCUCAUGACAAUUUGAAACUGACCAUCACACAGGAAGGAAAUAAAUUCACAGUCAAAGAAUCAAGCACCUUUCGAACAAUUGAGAUUGUGUUUGAACUUGGGGUCAACUUUACCUAUUUUCUAGCAGAUGGAACGGAACUCAGUGGGACCUGGAGCAUGGAGGGGAAUAAACUUAUUGGAAAAUUCACACGUGUAGACAAUGGGAAGGAGCUGCUUGCUGUCCGAGAAGUUUCUGGUGGUGAACUAAUCAAUACCUACAUAUAUGAAGGAGUUGAAGCAAAGCGUUUCUUUAAGAAGGAGUAAGAAAGCUUGGAGCCCAGAGCAGAACUGAAGAGCUAAACUCAUGUCAGAGUUCUGUCUCUAUCGUGCUAAUGCCAAGGCUGAUUCAUCCUUUUAUGAGCACUGGUAUAUUUCUAGUGUUAUCAAAGCCAAAGAGGUAAAAGCUAAUUAGGAUUUCAUUUAUUUUAUGUUUCUUAGCUGGUAUUUUAAAAGAAAAUAAAUAUUGUUCUCAUA